UUUCCCCCUGUCCUAGACACCUGAACACGCCACGCCACUUCCGACGUUCUCACAAGAACAUUAAAAGGCUUGUUCUCCUCAUAGUGGUCCACGCAGGUCCCUUUCUUUCUUCUUCUUCCGGGUGCUUCUGGGAUUCUACCCCUUGAGUUACCAGUUUCCAAACGAAGGAAAUGAUGCUUAUUUUUGGCCAAAAGCUUUGUAAACUGCUCGUCCACCUCUGGAAAUGGCCUCUACCCUCCGCCCCUCUAUAUAAAGAGGCAUACAUCCACUCUCUCUGUUCUCACCGGCACUCUCACUUUUCAUUUUUAUCACCUAAACCAUUCUUGUAUUUCCUUCAGUCAUUAGUCUAUCACCAUGGCUAACUGGGAUACUCUCUUCGAUAAAGUCAUAACUGCAAAAGAUGCCAGGGAAAGAGCCCUAACUACUUACAGAAGAGAGGAGUAUAGGUCUUUUGCUUACUCCAUUCCCGCAGAAAUUAACCACAAUCCCCCUCCGUUCGAGAUUGAACUUCAUGCCAUUGUUAUGUUCCGAGAUCAAGUGUACGAACACUGCACUUUGGAAUACAAACGCUUUAUUGAUCGUGGCAGUUUUAAGCUGAUAAUCUACGGUGGCGGUGAUUUGAAUUUAUCGCAAGGUCGCAGGAUUGAUGCCAAAUUCAGGUGGAUUGGCACCCGGCUUGAAAUUAAGCUGGAGUUGGCUGUUAGCCCCGAGGUCCAGAUGGACUUAAAUCAGGAGGCUAUGCCAUUUAUAGAGCUCACCAAGAAACGAAUCACCAGGGACGACGUUUCCAACAGUCGAUUCCGUCUUCCACAGACUGAUGUGAGGCCGUUCUACGGUAUCUGCCCUGAGGAGGUCAAGGUAGCCAUUGAUAAUGGCUCGGCGUUUUCUGUGCAAAUUUUCCCCCCUGGCCAGGAAGAAAGUUUUGGUGCUGAUGUCCUAAUUGAGCGAGGUCGCAUGGGAAGCCGCCAUGAAUGUUCUAAUGUGACCAUCAAUCUGAACCAUUAUCUUUCGAACCGCGUGAAUGCUGGUGAAUUUCAGGCUAGACGGACCUUGAAAGUCUGGUACAGAGAGGAGUCCAACAAGUUGAAGCUGGCGUUCACCAGGCCAAGAGACGCUCAGAUCCUGGGGUUUCCAAUCGAACCGUUCGAGGAGGACGAGGAGUAGACUUUGGCACCGUCGCUGCAUUUAUUUCUUUUUUAAUUUUUAUUAAUGGUUGAAGGACUGUUAAUCACUAUUUUUAUGUGGUUGUUGAACUUGGGAC